UCGCCGUCGGGCCCGCGGGCCCCGCGCCGGCCUCAGGAUGCCGCUGGGGCUGAAGCCCACCUGCAGCGUGUGCCGCAGCACAUCCUCCUCCAUGUGGAAGAAGGGCGGGCAGGGCGAGAUCCUGUGCAACAACUGCACGGCCCGCUCGGCGCCGCCGCCCCCCGCCGCCUUCGCCACCACCUCGGCGGCCGCCGGCCAGCACAGCAACGGUGGAGGCAGCGGCGGCGGAGGCGGCGGUGGCGGGAAGCAGAGCAAGCAGGAGAUCCACCGGCGCUCGGCGCGGCUCAGGAACACCAAGUACAAGUCUGCGCCCGCCGCGGAGAAGAAGGUUUCCACCAAGGGCAAGGGCAGGAGGCACAUCUUCAAACUGAAGAACCCCAUCAAGGCUCCUGAGUCUGUGUCCACUAUAAUUACAGCAGAAUCAAUCUUUUAUAAGGGUGUGUACUACCAAAUUGGAGAUGUUGUUUCGGUGGUUGAUGAGCAGGAUGGAAGAACAUACUACGCUCAGAUCCGUGGGUUUAUUCAGGACCAAUACUGUGAAAAGAGUGCUGCACUAACCUGGCUCAUUCCUACACAAGCCAGCCCCAAAGACUGUUUUGACCCAGCAUCCUAUAUCAUAGGACCAGAAGAAGAUCUCCCAAGAAAAAUGGAAUAUUUAGAAUUUGUUUGUCAUGCACCUUCAGAAUAUUUCAAAUCUCGAUCAUCUCCCUUCCCUACUGUUCCUACAAGGCCAGAGAAGGGCUAUAUAUGGACUCAUGUGGGACCUACUCCUGCCAUCUCCAUUAAAGAAACUGUAGCCAAUAAUUUAUAAUUUUUAAGGAAUUCUUUGGACUAGUUAUUUUGUGUGUAUCCUCCAGUUUGUAAACCCCUUACAAGAAGUUUUAUAAAAUGUGCUGGUUUAUUUUA